AUUUUCCAUUACAACAGAUAAGCGAACCUUUUAUUUCAUACGCAUAUAUAUAGAAAAAGGUUAUUUGUCAGAUCCUUCUGUUUCACUUGCACUACUGAUGCCUUUUCGGGAACCCAGAUUUCCACCAUUCUGAGUAACUUCACACACCAUAUAACAGAAAAUGAGGUGGGGCUUGUGGAAACUUGGGCAAUCAAUCCCUCGCCGUCUUGCUCACGGUAAUAAUAAAGCUGUUGCUUGUCGAUAUUUUGCCUCAGAUGCUGAGCUGAAAAAGACAGUCCUUUAUGACUUCCAUGUUGCUAAUGGAGGGAAGAUGGUGCCAUUUGCUGGAUGGAGCAUGCCAAUCCAAUACAAGGACUCAAUUAUGGACUCAACCCUUAACUGUAGGGAGAAUGGUAGCCUUUUUGAUGUUUCCCAUAUGUGCGGGCUAAGCCUCAAGGGAAAGGACUCUGUCCCAUUCCUUGAAAAGCUUGUCAUUGCAGAUGUUGCUGGGCUUGCCCCUGGAACUGGUUCGUUGACUGUCUUCACAAAUGAAAAAGGAGGGGCAAUUGAUGAUUCAGUGAUUACCAAGGUGAAGGAUGAUCACAUAUACUUGGUUGUGAAUGCUGGAUGUAGGGACAAAGAUCUGGCUCAUAUUGAGGAACAUAUGAAGGCAUUCAAGGCAAAAGGUGGUGAUGUGUCAUGGCACAUCCAUGAUGAGAGAUCUCUUCUUGCUUUGCAGGGUCCUCUUGCUGCUCCAGUUCUUCAACACCUGACAAAAGAGGAUUUAAGCAAGAUGUACUUUGGGGAGUUCCGUGUGUUGGACAUCAAUGGUGUGCAGUGCUUUCUCACACGAACAGGGUAUACUGGGGAAGAUGGAUUUGAGAUAUCAAUUCCCUCAGAGAGUGCAGUGGAUCUUGCCAAGGCAAUUCUGGAAAAAUCUGAAGGGAAGAUAAGACUGACAGGAUUAGGUGCUCGAGAUAGUCUACGACUUGAAGCUGGAUUGUGUUUAUAUGGCAAUGACUUGGAACAGCACAUUACACCUAUUGAGGCAGGACUCACAUGGGCCAUAGGGAAGAGAAGGAGAGCUGAAGGGGGUUUUCUAGGGGCUGAUGUUAUACUAAAACAGCUUGAAGAAGGUCCUAAGAUCAGGCGUGUUGGUUUCUUUUCUUCUGGCCCUCCUCCCAGAAGCCACAGUGAGAUUCAAGAUGAAGGAGGAAACAACAUUGGGGAAGUUUCAAGUGGCGGAUUCAGUCCUUGCCUCAAGAAGAACAUAGCCAUUGGAUAUGUGAAAUCAGGAUUGCACAAGGCAGGCACCAAAGUAAAGAUUAUUAUUCGAGGAAAGUCUAAUGAAGGAGUUGUUACAAAGAUGCCAUUUGUACCAACAAAAUACUAUAAGCCAUCCUAAUUUACUUUGAGGUUUCACCUUGAACCUUUGACCUUUCCUAAUACUCCCUCUAAACCAGUUUUCUUAUAAUCUGGAAGUUGUAGUGAAUUUCUAUGCCAUUGUCCUACUCCUACCCAUAUCAAGUACAAGGAAGACGCCUUGCAUCAAUAACUCAAUUUUCAUUCAAAUAUGUAUGAUAGUUGAGAGAAAUCUUGAAAUUUUCUGACAUUUUUCCCACCAACUUCUAUAUUGAAGUCAAGAUGACAUCUAUGGAAUUCAAGUGGACAUGUAUUCACCGCAUGACCCGUGAUAUUCAUUUCA